GUUUCCUUUCUCAAGAUGUAGAUAUCUGAUGGUGAAAUUGACUGCUUUCAAAAUGUCAGCACUAAGCAACGAUUGCUCACAUCUGGAAUUUGUUGGUGAGAUCACCAAGGAAGAUUUGAUAAACAAAUCUCAUGGCACUUGCCAGGACUGUAAAGUGAAAGGACCAAACCUUUGGGCAUGCUUAGAAAAUAAAUGUUCGUAUGUUGGUUGUGGAGAAUCUCAUGUAGAUCACAGCACUAUCCAUUCUCAGGAAACAAAGCACUGUCUGACUGUUAACCUUACCACUUUACGUGUCUGGUGUUAUGCAUGUAGCAAAGAAGUGUUCCUGGAUAGAAAACUGAGAUCUCAUUCCUCAUUGCAAAAUGUAAGACUGUCUCAUCAAGCUCCAGUACAGACCAUACAGGAUAUUAGGUUACCCAGUAUUCCAACGCUGAAAAUUCCUCUAAUGGCAACAUUUGAUGACCUAGAUAUACAAGUGAAUGAAGAAGAUGAAUUCAAGGCAAGAGGUCUUACAGGCUUGAAAAAUAUUGGAAACACGUGUUACAUGAAUGCAGCUUUACAAGCUCUUUCAAACUGCCCGCCAUUGACACAAUUCUUCCUUGACUGUGGGAACUUGGCUCAGACAGAUAAGAAACCAGCCAUCUGCAGAAGUUAUUACAAACUUAUGACAGAACUCUGGCAUAAAAGCAGGCCUGGGGCUGUUGUCCCCACAAAUUUGUUUCAAGGAAUUAAAGCAGUUAAUCCAGCAUUUAGAGGCUAUUCCCAACAGGAUGCGCAGGAAUUUCUGCGUUGCUUAAUGGAUUUGCUUCAUGAAGAGUUAAAGGAGACUGUCAUUUCGAUAGAAGAUACUAACCCAGCAGAUUCGGAAGAAAAUGUUGAACAUGAGAAGAUCCAGUCAGAUGGUAGCUUUCAGUCAUGUGGUAGUACUGAUAAAAUAGAAAAUGAGACUUGGUCAAAACCUGUGGCAGAGGACCACACAGAAGAUGCCAUGUUAAUUGAAGAUGAUGAAACUGCAUCUAAAGACUACCAGAAGGAAAAAUCCUCAUGCACCAAGAUAAACCAGGCCAACUCUGUGGAAGACAUAGAAAAAGAUGUAAACAAUUUCUUUGAAACAGCUGAAUUGUUGAAUAACCAGGAAACGGUGAAGGUGCAGAUACACGGCAGAUAUUCAGAGUCUGUCAAUGAUAUCCAUAUGAGUGAUGUGUCUGUAUCGCAAAGUUUUCCUUCAAAGGAUGGAAGUAAUGCACGUUUUUCAACCAGUCCUCUCAAGUCAGGUUCUCUCUGGUCUGGACUGGCCCCUUCGCACAAAAAAGCUGUGGCUUCCUCCAAAAAGAAGAAACACAAAAAAUACAGAAGUGUUAUUUCUGAUAUAUUCGAUGGGACAAUUAUAAGCUCAGUACAGUGUCUCACUUGUGAUCGGGUUUCAGUUACCCUAGAGACUUUCCAGGACUUGUCGUUACCUAUUCCAGGUAAAGAGGAUCUUGCUAAGUUGCAUUCUGGAAAUCAUCAGACCUCCCUUGUCAAGGCAGGAUCAUGCGGUGAAGCAUAUGCUCCUCAAGGCUGGAUCGCCUUUUUUGUUGAGUACUUCAAAAGGUUUGUUGUCUCAUGUGUUCCUAGCUGGUUUUGGGGUCCAACAGUAACCUUGCAAGAUUGCCUUGCUGCCUUUUUUGCUAGAGAUGAACUGAAAGGUGACAACAUGUACAGUUGUGAAAAGUGUAAAAAGUUAAGAAAUGGAGUAAAGUUCUGCAAAGUUCAACAUUUUCCUGAGAUUUUGUGUAUUCAUCUCAAAAGGUUCAGGCAUGACCUUAUGUUUUCCACAAAAAUUGGGACUCAUGUGUCAUUUCCCUUGGAAGGACUUGACCUUCAGCCUUUUCUUGCUAAGGACAGCCCAGCUCAGAUAGUGGUCUAUGAUCUCUUAUCAGUCAUCUGCCAUCAUGGAACUGCCAUCAAUGGACAUUAUAUAGCCUAUUGUCGGAACAACCUAAAUAAUCGAUGGUAUGAGUUUGAUGAUCAGAGUGUCACAGAAGUAACUGAAUCGACUGUUCAAAAUGCAGAAGCAUAUGUUCUAUUCUACAGAAAAAGCAACGAAGAAGCUAAAAAAGAGAAGCAGAGGUUAUCAAGUCUUAAUGUGAUGGAACCAAGCCUGCUCCAAUUUUAUAUAUCCCGACCAUGGCUGAAUAAAUUCAGAACUUUUGCAGAGCCUGGACCUAUUUCAAAUAAUGACUUCCUCUGCCUACAUGGAGGAGUUACUCCACAUAAGGCUGCUUCUAUAGAGGACCUGGUGAUAAUGGUACCUCAGAAUAUCUGGGAUAACCUGUACAGCAGGUAUGGUGGUGGACCAGCUGUUAAUCAUCUCUAUGUUUGUCAUACCUGCCAAGUGGAAGCAGAGAAAAUAGAAAAAAGAAGAAAGACAGAAUUGGAAAUGUUUAUUCGGUUGAACAAGGCAUUCCAGGAGGAAGAGUCCCCGUCUGUAUUCUAUUGCAUCAGUAUGCAGUGGUUCAGAGAAUGGGAAGGGUUUGUGAAAGGCAAGGAGAACGAUCCUCCAGGCCCAAUUGACAAUGCCAGAAUUGCUGUCAAUAAAUGUGGUGCUGCUGUUCUGAAACAAGGAGCUGAUUCUGGACAGAUUUCUGAGGAAACAUGGAAUUUUCUGCAGUCAAUCUAUGGGGGAGGACCAGAAAUCAUCCUACGGCCACCUGUUGCACAAAUUGAACCUGAACCAUUACAAUCUGAGGAUAAGAUUGAGUUAGAAACUCGUGGCCUGUAGUCACCAAUACAAGGAUGAAUUUUUAAGAGAUACUUUCUACUUUAAUAACGUACAUUCCCAAGAUUUUUUCCUGUUUUUCCUGUGAGGUGACAAAACGUUGGGCAUUACUUCGUUUUUGAAAAUGAACUAAGACCUGUAAUAUACAUGCAUCCUAAAAAAUGGAUUAAAAGUUUUCAGAGGAUGUUCUUCUCUUGAAAAUGUAACUUCCUUGUCUUACAUAGUUGUACAUAUAUGCAAACUACAGAUAAGGAUUGAACCAUUCAUUUCAAAAGAUGUAGGAAUUUCCAUACUCUUUCAAAUCAAGUUUAGUUAAGAUGUUUAAAGGAUUUUGAGAACAAUUUGUUGAAAAGAUGUUAAAUUUAACGGAAAGGCUGGUUCUAACAUCCUAUGAAAACUCAGGAAAAGUUAGAUUUUUGCUUUUACUUGCACUGCACUAUAAAGAAACAUAAUGAACUAAAACUGUAAAAUGCUGUUGUUUGAGUGUAUCAAGUAUAUGAGUGAUUCUGCUAGUACAUUGUUUUGGUGAGCAGCUAUAAGUAAGCUACUGUCUGCUGUUUCUGGUAAGUUCUUGACAUAUGUAAGCUAGUCUAAUCAACAGUUUGUGUAACUAAACAGACCUUAUAGCCUUUAGGAGUGUUUGUUUUUGAGAGCAUGAAAUGGCUGUUAGCUGCUUGUGCACUUGAAGAAUUUUCUAGUCUUUUUAAAUUAAAUGCAUUGUUUCAUGUGGAAAGAAAUUGUACAGUUAUGCAAUACUUAUUGGCAUGAUUUAUGAUGUCAGAUGUUGAAUUGAUAAACACAUAACAAGAUUGCAAA